AUGGCAAACUAUAUAUCUGUCAUCGUAUGCGUGUAUAAGUUACUAGUUGUGGCGCAAGCAGCAUUGAAUAUCACACUCAAUACAACCAUCUUCAUAGAUCCAGUAUCGACCUAUUUAAUACCUCCUAAUUAUCAUGGGAACAUCAGUCAGACCUUUAUCGAUACACAAACAAGCAAUACGAAUUUAUCAGUCUUACUCACUUCCGCAAAGUCCAGCCCAUUCAUAUCCUAUGAUCCUGAAUUCUUGAAACUUCUCGGUGCAAAUCCCACAGCCACUCUUAUUGCCCAGCGAAAUUAUUCCUUUGCGAAUGAAGCCGGUAUAUGGUAUCCCAUAAUCAAUCCCAAUGGAGGCACUUAUUUCGACCAUCUCGUAUAUUUUGCUGGUGAUGGUAAUGCAACUAUUUCUCCUGCAAUCUACGCUAUCGACCCAGCCACGGGCUACGCCGAAAUCAUCAUAAACUCCUACUUCGGCGUUCCUUUCAAUGGACCUAACGAUCUUACAUGGGUAAACCACCAUGGAACUCCCUAUCUAUUCUUUACUGACGAUCCGCUCUCCUCUCUUUACGACGGUGGACCAUCAGCCGUUCUCCCAGAUGCCGUCUGGCGUUUCUCUCCCACAACAAAGUCUCUUAUUCCUGUUAUAUCCCGUGCGGAUAUCUUAGUACCCAAUGGAAUCAACGUUAAUGCCGCCAUGAAUACCCUCUAUGUUACAGAUACCACACCCAUAACCACAACAGAUUCUGGUGGAUACAAUUCCGGCUCCAACGCUAUUUAUAAGUUCGACCUCGAUACUGACAUGUUUCCUGUCAAUAAAAGACUUAUUGGAAUCUCGAGAACGGGGAUCCCAGAUGGUAUUCACAUAGAUGAUAAGAAUAGGAUAUGGACGGCCGAGGGUGAAGGAAUUGUAGUGAGAAAUAAUGUAGGAAAGGUAUUGGGGUUGUUCAAUGCGGAAGUCUUUCUGCAUGAUCCGGCUGGAGAACCAGGGAUUGAGAUUGCAAAUUUUGCGUUGGCGGGCGAUGUCUUGGUUGUGGAGGGAAGUGGAAAGUUAUGGACUGUAAAACUUGCGGAGGUGGUUGUAAGUCCAGAUCGCUAUGUACUUUGA